AUGGAGACCCGGCUCAGACUUCUGACCCCCCACAACGGUAAGAGGCUCCAGCCCACCCUGGUGCUAGUGACUCUGAGCGCAGCCUUUGGCUUGGCCUUCCAGUAUAGUUACAACAUCGCCAAGGUCAACAUGCCCAACACAGUGGGCACAGGGUGGCAAUGUUUUCCAGGUCUUAAAGUCAUUAUGAGGUUUCAUUAUAAAACCUACUUGGAGAGACACAGAACAUUCAUGGACAGAUGGUCUUGCACUCUGUCCAUGUUUCCUCUCGGUGGCUUGCUGGGGUCGCUGAUAGUCGGCCUGCUGGUUGACAGGUGCAGCAGAAAGGGAGCCCCGCUGCUCAGCAAUGCCUCCGCCAUCAUCCCCACCGUCCUUAUGGGAGUCAGCAGAGUGGCCAAGGUUUUUGAGCUAAUCAGCUUUUCUCAAGUGAUGCUGGGAGUCUGUGCAGGCAUCUGGACCUCAUGCCUUCCCUUGCACCUGGGAGAGGUGGCUCCCAAGACCCUUAGGGGCACUCUGGGAACCAUGACGGAUCUUCUUAUCAUCUUGGGACUCUCCCUAGCACAGAUCUUCAGGCUGCAGGCCGUGUUGGGCAAGCCUACAGACCUCCCAGAAGGGGCUCCCACAGCCACAGCGCUGGGCCCGUGCAGCUCCCCACCUCAGCCUCUCGUGAGACGGCCCUCGGCGGCGCCCAAGCGGAGGACUGACCGCUUCCAGGAUGGGAGAGGCGCUCCGAGAGGCAGGCUCCGGUGGGACGGGAUGGAGGGGCUUUGGUGCUGGCGCAUCCGCGGCAGCUCAGGGGCGCGCGUGGCCGGUGAGCUGCAGUCAGCGGUCAGUGACGUGGAGGACCAUGCCGAGAAGGCCCAGGGCGGCCUGACUGCGCUCAACCUCUUUCUGUUUUGGCCUCUGCAACUCUCUGGGAUCAAGGCAAUGAGCCACGACGCAGACAUGAUCUACGUGUCCGCGGGCGUGGAGGCCACUCACCCCCAGUAUGUAACAGUGGGCAUUGCCAUGGUCAACACGGUGAUGACUGUCAUCUCGGGGAGUGACCCAGAAGCACCCCUCCCCUCACGGGUCUCCGAGCAGGGGCCCAGCAGGCACACAGGAACCCCGGGGGUUCGCGGAGAGUUGUCCGUGGAAACGUGGCUCGAAAGCCUCUGCCGGCUCUUUGUCCCCGGGUCACCCCGCAUGCCUCCCCCAUUCCGGGAGGCUGUCCUCACAGCCAGCCUAGCCCUGGCUGUGGGGAGCGGAGAUGGUGGUCUGCCAGCUCGCUUCGUUCACACUCAUUCAUUCAACACACAUUUACCAAGUGCCAACCUGGGCCACAGCCAGGCCGGGUUCCCAGAGAUGCUCAACCAGGAGAUGAGCCUCUGCAAAGAAGGAGCUCAUGCCAACCAGAACCCCCUGGGGACACCUCAGUUCACCACCAAACCUUUGACUCAUCUGCUUUAG